AGUGGAAUUUACUAUGAUCAAAGAAAUUAUAGCAGCCUUAGAUAUAGUAAACCGGUUCCUUCCUACCAUACUCGGUCAUCUUCUUUAUACAGUGAUCCAGUGGCAACAACUAGGAGUUACAGGGCAUCACCUUCUGUAAGCACUGGUUUGAUAAGAAGUAUCAGUUUGGCAUCUUUGUGUGGUGAUGGAUUACGUAGCUCAUAUAGUUCCCGCACUCCAUCUGAAUACAGUUAUUCUUCAAGAGCAAGCUCAGUUCGAAGUAGUCCUGUGUCCUCUGAUUUUUCUGAUCAAAGUGAAACUGCUGCUGACUAUUUCAGUCGUUCCAACCGCAGGGGAAGCAUUAUUUCUGAUGCAGAUGAUGUCCAAGGUUUGAAUAGUCUGGAAGAAAAAAGUGAAAAAUCACAUUCAGAAAUAUUUUCAAGGCCAUCAUCUCGCAAUUCAGUAAGUGCAACUCCUCUGAGUGGCAACUCAUCUAGGAGAGGAAGUGGAGACACGAGCAGUUUGAUGGAUCCUGAUGCCUCCCUCAGUGAAUUACGGGAUAUCUAUGAUCUUAAGGACCAGAUACACGAUGUAGAAGGGAGAUACAUGCAGGGACUUAAAGAACUAAAGGAUUCUCUAGCUGAAGUUGAAGAAAAGUACAAGAAGGCGAUGGUUUCCAAUGCUCAGCUAGAUAAUGAAAAAAACAACUUGGUUUACCAAGUGGAUACUCUAAAGGACGUUAUUGAGGAGAAGGAAGAACAGAUAGCAGAGUUCUACAGGGAGAAUGAAGAGAAGUCAAAGGAAUUGGAAAGACAGAAACACAUGUGCAGUGUUCUGCAGCAUAAGCUGGAUGAACUUAAAGAGAGCCUUCGACAGAGAGAUGAAUUGAUAGAGGAGAAUCAGCGCAUGCAGCAGAAUAUAGACUUCAUAACCAAAGAGGUGUUUGAUCUCCAGGAGACAAUUAAUUGGAAAGAUAAAAAAAUAGGGGCCCUAGAAAGACAGAAAGAUUACUUUGACUGCAUUAAGAAUGAGCGAGAUGAGCUCAGAGAGGAGUUGGCUGACCUGAAGGAAACUAUGAAGAGAGGAGAGAAACAUGGAUUAGCUAUAAUUCCAGAUGUCACUCCAAAUGGUGAUGUAAACCAUGAAUCAGUGGUUGGUGCAAUAACAGUUGUAUCACAGGAAGCUGCUCAGGUCCUGGAAUCUGCAGGAGAAGGACCACUAGAUGUCCGACUACGAAAAUUGGCUGGAGAAAAGGAGGAAUUAUUGUCCCAGGUCAGAAAACUGAAGAUGCAGUUGGAAGAAGAACGACAGAAAUAUUCUAAAAGUGAUGGCAUGAAUACAGAUAUCAUGGGCUUGGAGAACGGUUCUGACCUGCAGCUAAUUGAAAUGCAGAGAGAUGCCAACAGGCAAAUUAGUGAAUACAAAUUCAAGCUUUCAAAAGCUGAACAAGAUAUAACUACCUUGGAACAAAGCAUUGGACGUCUUGAGGGGCAGGUUGUGAGGUAUAAAAACGCAGCAGAAAAUGCAGAGAAAGUAGAAGAUGAACUAAAAGCUGAAAAGAGGAAACUUCAGCGAGAGUUAAGAACAGCACUGGAUAAGAUAGAAGAGAUGGAGAUGACCAAUAGCCACUUAAUGAAAAGGCUGGAGAAAAUGAAGGCAAAUAGAACUGCGCUUUUAUCUCAACAGUGAAAUGGAAAUUGAAAAUACAAUGUACUGCUCCUUGAAUAACUAGCCCCUAGCUUGUUUUUAAAUACAGACUUUCACUGGCACAAACUAUUUGAACACUGAGCUGUUCAUAGGUGUUUUAGUUUCUUAAUUAAAUGGCAUACUUCUUUUUGUAACUUAUGAGAGAAUGAAAUUUCCCAUGUGAAUGACAGCAAUUUUUCCAUAGCGUUUGAUUCUACAGUCAGAGCUGGAGCACAAUACUGUAUGUUUGACUUUAGCGAUAGAAAAUAUUUUUACAACUGUGGAAUCAAGUUUACUCACGAUCUCUUUUGACUGCUUUGAUGAUGCUUGAUGCUCAGAGACAACUGCAUGAAUUCAAGAUGACCCUGUAUUAUAAACUAACGUGUAUUUGCUCAAGACAUCACACAGCACAAGUGCCUUUUAUAUGGUGCAAUUUAGUCUUCAUUGUUGAAAUAACAUUUGAAAUCAGAUAACAUUUUAUUUUAAGAUACAUUUGGGAUAUUCACUAGACUUUAUACAUUUUGAAAAUACAUUUUUGUAAAAUAUUUAAAUUUAUAAGAAAAUUAGGGACUGUAUAUAAAAAGCUGCUUUUUUUUUUGCAUGGGCAUAUGUGAGUUCUAGGCAGUUUUGUCAAAUACUAGCCUCUGAUUCUCUUAGUAUUAAGAGUGCAGAUUUUAAAAACUUCU